AUGGAACGUGAACCGUUCAGUUCAGAAGAAUUCAUAUGGAUAAAAGAGAUCCAGAAAGAGAUAAGUUAUGAAGCUGCUCUACACUAUGGACUAGUGGAUGUAAAUAGUGUUCCUACUAGUGAAAUAGUUCUCAAAAUUAUUUGGGAAACAUUCUCAGGCAAAUUCGUUACAACUUAUGAGUUCCUGGAAGGAUAUGAACGCUGUUACGAAUAUAGGAAGCUUCUGAAUAGAGAGACAGAGGCUCAAAAACUAAAAGCAAUGUUCAUGGAAGAUAUUUUGACUAAUUCGAAUGUCAGGCACAGUACUUCGGGCUGCCUUUCUCCUUCAAUUGUAGACAGUGGAAGGGAGAGCCCUGAAUUGUAA